GAGAAGCUGCAGGACGUGCUGCCCUCCCUGCCCUCCCAGGACGACUCCUUCCUCCUGAAAUGGCUCCGAGCACGCGCCUUCGACCUGCCCAAGGCAGAGGCAAUGCUCCGCAAGCACCUCGAGGUCCGCAAGUACAUGGAUGCUGACAACAUCAUUGACUGGGAACCACCUGAGGUGAUCCGGAAGUACAUGGCUGGGGGGAUGUGUGGCUAUGACCGGGAGGGCAGCCCGGUGUGGUACGACAUCAUUGGGCCACUGGAUGCCAAGGGGCUGCUCUUCUCAGCCUCCAAGCAAGACCUGCUCAAGAACAAGUUCCGUGACUGUGAGGUGCUGCGGCGCGAGUGCGAGCAGCAGAGCCAGAAGCUGGGCAAGAAGAUUGAGAUGGUGAUGAUGGUCUAUGACUGUGAGGGCCUGGGCCUGAAGCACCUCUGGAAACCAGCGGUGGACACGUAUGGGGAGCUCCUGUCCAUGUUCGAGGAGAACUACCCUGAGUCCCUCAAGCGCCUCUUUAUUGUGAAAGCCCCCAAGAUCUUCCCUGUAGCCUACAACCUGGUCAAGCACUUCCUGAGUGAGGACACACGCAAGAAGGUGGUGGUGCUGGGAUCCAACUGGAAGGAGGUCCUGCAGCAGUACAUCGACCCUGGGCAGAUCCCAGUGGAGUAUGGGGGCACACUGACUGACCCCGAUGGGAACCCCAAGUGCCUCAGCAAGAUCAACUACGGGGGGGAUGUGCCACAGCGGUACUAUGUGCGGGACCAGCUGGCGCAGCAGUAUGAGCACACGGUGGUGGUCAACCGAGGCUCGUCCCACCAGGUUGAGUAUGAGAUCCUCUUCCCCGGCUGUGUCCUCAGGUGGCAGUUCCGCUCGGAGGGAGCUGACGUGGGUUUCGGGGUGUACCUGAAGACGAAGGUGGGGGAGCGCCAGCGCGCAGGAGACAUGACCGAGGUGUACCCCAACCAGCGUUACAACGCACACAUGGUGCCCGAGGACGGCUCCCUCACCUGCUCCACGCCUGGCAUCUACGUACUGCGCUUCGACAACACCUACAGCUAC